GCAGCUAGAGCAGAACGCGCACGAGUUGACAUUAUAAAGCUGACACAAGUGGUGUGCGAGCAGCAGUGCGGUCAGUGUGCAGGUGUGUCGCGUAUACAUAUAUACUGCCCUCGAUCGCGGGCCAAUUGAUAAUAAUUAUCGCUCGGGUGGCAGUCACGGGCGCGCAGUCGACGCACAGUACAACAACACACACGCAGCGCCGACAAAGUGCAGCAGCAGCAGCAGCAUUCGAGCAGCGGAUAAUACAUUACAAAAGGAAGCCGCGCGCCGUCGAUCAUAUGUGCAUGAGGUGUCGUCAGCGGGCGUCGCGCCGUUGCGAGGAACAAGACGACGAAGAGGAAGAAGGAGAAGAAGUCGAGCGCGUCGCAGGCAGUCGAUAAGAAGAGUGACGAGUUCGCGAGGGCCGAAAUAUGGUGACGAUCGACGACAUCAAAAGGACGUACCCGCUGCACUGGCUCGUCUGGAACAAUGAGCGGGCGCAGCUCGACGAGAAGCUCAAGUCUGCCGAGUACGAUAUUGAGCAACUCGACAAUAGAGGAAGAACACCUUUGAUGUUGGCCGUCACACUGGGAUACGUAGAGUGUGCUAGCGUUUUGUUGGAACACGAAGCUAACGUCAAUGCAGAAAAUAAACAAGGAUGGAGUGUCCUAAAAGAAGCUCUGGCUACUGGAAAUCCUGAAUUGGUACAAUUAAUUCUUGCAAGAAGAGAUUAUCAGCGAUAUUGCAAUAGGAUAGCUUUUAUUCCUGAGCUACUUUUGAAACUCAAACAAGCACCAGAUUUUUAUGUAGAAAUGAAAUGGGAGUUCACCAGUUGGGUUCCUUUAGCUUCACGCAUGUGUCCAAGUGAUACCUACAAAGUAUACAAACAAGGAAGUAAUGUUCGGAUUGAUACAACAUUGCUAGGUUUCGAUCAUUUUAAUUGGCAAAGAGAAAACCGUAGUUAUGUCUUCAAAGGUCAAAUGCAACAAACUCAAUGCAUACCAGUGGCUAUUAGGUGUAAACGCAGUUAUGUGUUCAACCUAAAUUACUAUGCAGACGAUGGUGCUACAAUGAUGGAGGUGGAUCAUGAAACAAAAAAAGUAUUUGUUGAACAAAUGAAACUUAUUGGUAAUGAAAAUGUACAGAUAAUGGAGCCUACAGAAGAAGAUAUUGUUAAUCGUUUAACUAAUCCUAUUGUAACUACAUACAUAGAUAUGGACAAAAUAAGUUUUGAAAGAAAUAAGGCUGGUUUAUGGGGUUGGAGAUCAGAUAAAAGUGAAAUUGUAAAUGGUCAUGAAUGUAAAGUAUUUAGUGCAAGCAAUGUAGAACUUAUCACAAAAUCAAGAACCGAACAUUUGACUGAGGAAGAUAAAAUAAGAGCUAAAUCCCCAAAAACUCCACUACAAUCUUUUCUUGGAAUGGCUGAUGAAACGCUUGAAGAAGGAGCUACUGCCAUUAGUGAAGAAGUUGCCGAUCCUAAUUCUCCAAACCCUUAUAAUAUAACUCCCGAAGAAUAUUUUGAUUCAGACGUUGAUUUAAGUAAUAGAGAUAUCGGUAGAAUAAAAGAAGUAUGUACAAAAGUACAGAAAUUCAAAGCUACACUAUGGUUAAGUGAAGAUUAUCCACUAAGUCUUCAAGAACAAAUAAUGCCAAUAAUAGAUUUAAUGGCUAUAACUAGUUCACAUUUUGCUAAACUAAAAGAUUUUAUACAAAUGCAGUUACCAUCAGGAUUUCCUGUUAAAAUAGAAAUUCCUUUAUUCCACAUAUUAAAUGCGAGAAUAACAUUUGGAAAUAUCUUUGGAUUGGACCAAGAAGUGCCACAUGUUAGUCAUAUCGAAGAAUCCAACAGAUUAUCAUGCAUUUUAGAUGAUGCUUGUUUUGAAGCUCCUGCUGGAUAUUCUAAACUUGGUGCAGAAGGAAGAUCACAAGGAUUCAGUAAUGAGGAAGAUCAGUUGCUACAAUUUGCCAUUCAACAAAGUCUUCUAGAUGCGGGUAGUGAAGGAGAUGAGGUCGAUAUAUGGGAAGCCUUGAAUGCACAAAGACCAUCUCGUCCAACGACGCCUCCUUUAACUUCCAAAGAAGAUUUACAGCUUCAGAGGGCCAUUCGAGAAAGUCUCGAAAUGUACCAAGAAACAGUUGGUAAAUCCAAGAAAGAUUACGACGCAGACGACGACGACGAGGACGCGGAAGAGCUCUCGGAGCAGGAGCUUCGCGAGUACACGGUGCGCUCGGAGCAGUGGCUGCGUCAACUCAACGGCAACGACGAGAACGCGGCUCAGCUCGUUCAGGGCUGCACGGCGCGAGAGCAGCAGAGGAUAGCUCACGAGCUGUCCCUGCGACAGUACCGGGAAGAGGAGCAGCGUCGCCAGCUCGAGGAAGAGACCUUCAGGCGAGUUCUUGAACUCUCGCUGACCGACAAAUGAGACUGUCUCAUUGGGAAGGACGUGUACAACGAUUCCGAUUAUACAUAAAAAAAAAAAGUUUAAUCUUCCAGCUGUGCGCGGACGGACAGAAUUUAGUUUUUCAUGAACUCUAAAACGAUAAGAAGAACAUGUCAAAACAUGCAUAAUAUUAUGCAAAAGAUAUUUGUUAUAAAAUUUACAAGUAUAUUGAGUGGUUAGAGAGAAUGAUAAUGAAAGAAAUUAGCUAUGCUAAUGGACAAUUUAACUUAUGUUAUUUAUUAUGUAGCUACCUUUUUAUAUAAAUUAUAUAUUCAGUUUGAAUGCAAGCGUGAAUCUUAAAAUCUUCACUAUUUAUACAAAUUCAUCGUAUUGCCGGCAAUUAUCUCUCAAAAACAAAGCUUACGCCAUGCAAAUUAAUUAUAAUACUUAUAUUUUAUUGCUAUGAAUGUCACUAAAACUAUUCCUUAUGUAUUCUUCAAGUAUUCUUGUACAUAUAUUUUUACAGUGAGAAUAUAUAAUUCUAAAGGCUAUAUAUUAAA